GCGAUCAACAUGUUUAGUGCGAUAAGGCAAUUCCUGCAGUCUUGCAUCGGGGAUCGUGUGGCUUUACAUAUCAUCCCUGUCUCUCGAUCGGCUAGUCGCUCGAGAGAGAACCUGCUGACCGUUCGCGAUGUACGCUCUUCCUGUUCGCCUCUGCUUAACAGCCAUUCUGUUCACUGCAGCAUUCGCUGUUUUACCGCCUUACAUAAAGCCGUGCAAGAAGAGCGAUCCGGACAUCAACAAAUGCAUCGUCCGAUCGAUAGAACAGCUUCGUGAUAAAUUAUCAGUUGGAAUACCGGAACUUGACGCACCGCCCAUCGAACCAUUGAACCUCAAACAAAUACGUCUGUCCAGAGGACCAGUCGGAGCCAGGCUUGACGUCAAUCUCACGGACAUGCGGGUGUCUGGUCCGUCCACUUUUAAAAUUCGUGACUUUAAGGCGGAUGUCGAGAACGUGGUCUUCACCUUCAAGAUCAACUUCGACAAGCUAACGUUCCAAGGGAAAUAUCAGAUCGACGCAACGAUACUUUUGCUGAAAGUGACAGGCCAGGGAGAUAUCACUGGAACCUUCACCGACUACGAAUCGGACGUUAUUCUACGAGCGCGCAAACUGCACAGAGGCAACGAUGUCUAUCUGAAUUUUGAGAAGAUGAAGCUGAAGAUCAAAAUUGGCAGGGCACAAUUACACCUCAGUAAUUUGUUCGGCGGUGACAAUGUUCUUGCUGACGCUACUCACGAGUUGAUAAACAAUAAUAACGACCUGAUAUUGAACGAAAUUACACCGGUGCUGGAAACAUCGUUGGCAGAACUUUUCACAGACGUGACCAACAAAAUCACAAAGUCCUUCACGUACAAAGAACUGUUUCCAGAAGGUUAAAUUUUCGAUUUUUCUGUCUCUUAGACUUCGGUUCCCGGGUGGUUUUGUAAAAAUUUCUACAGCUCUCUAUUUUUAUUCUUUGUUUCUUAACAUCGGCACAUCCUUGCCACUAAAAUCAAUUUCCUUCACUCUCCUAGAUCCUCAAAAAAUCUACAAAUAUUCUGGUUUGUUAUUUGUCGAUAUCUUCUGCGUAUUUGUUAGUGUCUGGUGAGUUACACGUUUCAAAAGAUUUUAGCGAAAAUUUCAAAUUCGAGGAUGAAAUUUUUCUUUGGGUCUUCAAUGACCCAAUUCGUUUACUAUGUAAGAUUUGAGAAGUAUGAAUUGUUUAUAGAAAUUGUUGAAAAAUUUGGUAAAUAAAUCAUUUGAAAUAAGUUUUUGAAAAAUUCUUGGAAAAUAAUUGAAAAAAAGCUGUAAGCAUGUAUACGUGAAAUUUCCAAAAAUAUUUAGGUGUGGAUUUGAAAUGUAUAGGUAGAUAGAUGUAGGGUGUACAUUGUUAAAUAUCAUAAUAAAAUAAAUAUUUACUUCAAA